AUGCCGUUAUGUCCCUUCCCGGGCAUCAACACUUCCCUCCUCUCUGCCUCCUCCUCUAACUCCCUCCGGCAAGGCGUCAGGACCUUCACGGCAACAGCAGCAAGAUGCUUUGCAAACUCAGCGCUCAGCAAGGAUUUAGGAGAGCUAGGCGAUCUGAAGAAGACGGAGAUGCAGGAAAGACUAAAGGCGUUAGGCGCAAAGACAACAGGGAACAAGGACGAGCUGCUUUCACGUCUCAAAGGACUCAUGGACAACAUGGAAACAUCUGCGUUGAAGAAGAAGGCGAAGGAUGCUCUGAAGAAGCGUGUAGAAGAGGAAGAAGCAGCGGCAACAGAUUUGAUCGCGACGAAAGCGGUACAACCAGCCAAGAAGUCUCGAAAGAAGGCUUCCAAGAAGGAUGCUGAUGAACACCUUAUACAAAACCCCCACCUGAUCCCGCCCGAGGAGUUCGAAAACUACAAGAAUGUCUUCAGCAGGGCAGCGAAGAAGGAUCGCAAGAAAGACGCUGACUCGCUCUACUAUGCUACGAGGAACCGCCCUAUGAUCUCAAGGCGUCUUGUGCGCAACUUGUACAAACGCUGUGUUCGGAGUGCGCAGCGAUGUCCCCAGGCGCCAUGGAGGAAGACGAUGCAUGACUACGUGCGCAUGAAGUUCCGCGAGAGGUCAAACGACGACUUGAUGGUCCGGCUAACGGCUGGCGAGAUCGAGCUGAAGGAGAUGGAGUAUUAUCAUUCCUGUAGGGAGAAGAGGGAAGCAGAGAAAGCUGCGAUGGAGGGAGGAGAGGUGAAGGAGAAAAAGGGGAGAGGAAAGGGGAAGAAUGGAGCAAAGUUGAUGAAGGAAGAAGAGGUGAAGGAGACCGAAGAGGUGCAGGAAGAUCUCGACUAA